UUUCUGUUUUUUUCACAGUGGAGGACAAUGAGCGCCGAAACCUGAAGAAGGGGAAGUUGCUUAAAACUAAAGAAGCCAGGCGAGACAGCAAGGCUAGGCGCGACAGCAGGGACGUGAAGGUAGGAAAGAAGAACACCGCUGGAGUUUCCAAGAACGUCCGUGGUUUAAGAACGCCGGAAGGUCCUAACAUGACUAAAGAACAGUUGGCAAAGUACAAGUCAGGGGGACGCAACUCCGGCAGCGACAGCGCUUACAGUUAUCGCAGUAUCUACACUCCAGGUGGGACACGUCAUGUACGACGACGUCGACGACGAUCCGAUGGAAACUAUAGCGACAGUGAAUCCUAUGACAGCGAGAAGGAUUUGAAAGGAAAAGAACGACGAAUGCAACGACGAGUACUAAGAGAGGAGCAAGAACAAAGAAUGGAAGAGGAAACUGAACGAGCGCGAGAAAUAUUAAAUAGUGCUCACAGUUACUACUCUUAUGUGAGUGAUGGCGGGACACGUCACGUGAAACGCCGGAAACGUCACGAGGACGGCACUUACAGCGACAGUGAGUCAUGUGACGAGGACAUGUUAGAACAUUACGAGGACGUUAAGAAAGCAAAGGAAAUACUCGGCGAGGACAUUGAAGGGAGUAAAAAGAGGCACUGGAAGAAGAAACGGAAAGACAUCGCAGACGACCUCGAGACCGAGCAGCAUACGGGAUCCUCCCCUGACUGCCAAAAUAUGAAGCUCCAGGCGGAAGGGAACACAUCUCCUGUAUAUUCCGUUCACAGUGACGUCAGUGAAGGGGGAACGCGGAGACGUUACAGGCGGAAGGUUUUACGUGACGAUGACGGUAACGUCAUCGGCUUCGGCUCCCCUGAACUCUACAUGUCCCCUGGGGAAAGCGACGAGGAGUCAGUCAGAAUAAGGCGAGGUGAGAGGGUUACCACAGCUGACCAAAUUUAUGUCCUCAAUUUGUUAAAACAUCUAUGGCGGUGCGAGAUGGAAUCAACCGAAAUUGUUUGAAAAUAUAAAGCAUUAAUGAUUAUCAUCAUGAAUUAUUAUUAUGAUUAGUAUUGUUGUUGUUAUUAUUAUUUAUUUUAUUUAUUUUAUUUUUAUUAUUAU